UGUAAUUCCUGAGAAAUAAAAAAAGAAGAAUGUCUGGUCUCAAAAAGCCCUGACUCACUGACAAGUGUUCACUUCCAUCUUCACAUCUUCAAGGUGUGUUGUGCCUUCUUUGUGUCAGUUUCUACCAUUGAUUGAACUGCUGCAAAUUUAACAAUAUUGCUGCACAAUUGGACUUGGAACUCCAACGAGGAACGGGAAAAAGAGAAGAUGAUUCUUCUUAUAUUCCUUCUCUUAUGUGCAGAAGAGGUGAGAACAACGUCGGCCUCAACCACUAGUGCAACAACAGUUGACUCAACCACAUUACCGGUCAACCUAACAUCCACACCAGGCAAUGGAACCUCAAAUCCACCAAUCACCACAAUGUCUCCAGUGAAUGCCACUUCGCCAAUCAACAUGACUUCACCACCAAUCAAUGUGACGUCACUACCAGUCAACAUGACUUCCCCAACAGUCAAUCCAACCUCUCCAACUGUCAACAUGACGUCACCACCACUAAAUAUGACUUCCACACACUUCAACAUGACCUCAACAGUCAACCCAACCUCAAAACCAGUCAACAUGACUUCUUCACCACCAGUCAACAUUACUUCAACACCAGGUAAUAUGACCUCACCAGUAAACCCCACCUCAAUAGAAGUCAAUUUGACAUCACCUCUUCCCAACAUUACUUCACCACCAGUCAAUAUGGCAUCAACAGUCAACAUUACUUCAACACCAGUCAAUCCCACCUCAUCACAAAUCAACAUGACAGCACCAGUCAACAUUACUUCACCAUCAGGAAACUUUACUUUACCACCAGUCAACAUGACAUCACCAGUCAACCCCACCUCAUCACCAGUCAACAUGACAUCACCACCACCACACAACAUCACCUCACUUCCAGCAAACUUCACCUCAUCACCAGUCAACAUGACAUCAACACUUCCAAACAUUACUUCACCAGCAGUCAACAUGACAUCACCAGUCAACCCCACCUCAUCACCAGUCAACAUGACUUUAUCACCAGCAGUUGACAUUACUUCAGCCCCAGGUAAUAUGACCUCGCCAGUAAACCCCACCUCAAUAGAAGUCAACUUGACAUCACCACUUCCCAAUAUUACUUCACCACCAGUCAAUAUGGCAUCAACAGUCAACAUUACUUCAACACCAGUCAAUCCCACCUCAUCACAAAUCAACAUGACAGCACCAGUCAACAUUACUUCACCAUCAGGCAACUUUACUUUACCACCAUUCAACAUGACAUCACCAGUCAACCCGACCUCAUCAUCAGUAAACUUGACAUCACCACCAGUCAAUAGUACAUCACCAGUUAACCCAACUUCACCAUCUGUCAGUAUGACAUCACCACCAGUCAACAUGACAUCACCAGUCAACCCAAUCUCACCAUCAGGCAACUUUACUUUACCACCAUUCAACAUGACAUCACCAGUCAACCCCACCUCAUCACCAGUCAACAUGACAUCACCACUUCCCAACAUGACAUCACAACCAGUCAACAUGACAUCACCAGCCAACCCCAUCUCACCAUCAGUCAACAUUACUUCACCAUCAGUCAACCCAACCUCACCAUCAGUCAACAUUACUUCACCAUCAGUCAACCCAACUUCACCAUCAGUAAACAUGACAUCACCACCAGUCAAUAUUACAUCACCAGUCAACCCAACCUCAUCAUCAGUCAACAUUACAUCACCAGUCAACCCAACCUCACCAUCAGUCAACAUUACUUCACCAUCAGUCAACCCAACUUCACCAUCAGUAAACAUGACAUCACCACCAGUCAAUAUUACAUCACCAGUCAACCCAACCUCAUCAUCAGUCAACAUGACUUCACCACCAGUUACAACAAUGCCCUUGCCUGGUAAUGCAAGCACUCCGCCUGUCACUGGAACAUCAGCACCACCAAGCAUCACAACUACUAGCUCUCUAACUACAACUACAACCUCAACACCUACCACAACAGAGCCAAAAAUCAAGUUGGGAUUUAAGUUGAAAGAAACUUUUACUCCUCAACUUGCAAACAAAUCUUCACCAGCGUUCCUUGAACUAAAGAACAAAGUGACCACAGCGCUCGACAUGGUCUAUUCAGAACAAUAUGGAUCCAGCUUCAAUCGUACUGUCAUCAACAGCUUCAGUCAAGGAUCCGUUGAGGUAGAUGCUGAACUGAUAUUCAAUGAAGGGAAUACAUUACCAAAUACCACUUCUGCAGCUGGAACUUUGGUGACUGCCUCUUCCAGCUCCAAUUUUUCUCUCAGUGUCAACACAUCUUCUAUUUCUGCAGCAGUUGUUUUGGCUGCAACUCCAGCCCCAACCACAGUUGCCCCUUCAACACCACUUGUCAACAUCACCUCACCUCCAGUCAACAUGACUUCAUCACCAGUCAACCCAACAUCAUCACCAGUCAACCCAACAUCACCACCAGUCAACCGGACAUCAUCACCAGUCAACAUGACAUCAUCACCAGUCAACAUGACAUCCCCACCAGUCAACAUUACAUCACCAUUCAACCCAACCUCACCAUCAGUAAACAUGACAUCACCAGUCAACCCAACCUCACCAUCAGUCAACAUUACUUCACCAUCAGUCAACCCAACUUCACCAUCAGUAAACAUGACAUCGCCAGUCAACCUUACAUCACCAGUCAACCCAACAUCACCAACAGUCAACAUUACUUCACCACCAGUCAACCCAACUUCACCAUCAAUAAACAUGACAUCAACACCAGCCAACAUUACUUCACCAUCAGUCAACAUUACAUCACCAGUCAACCCAACAUCACCACCAGUCAAUAUUACAUCACCAGUCAAACCAACCUCACCAUCAGUCAACCCAACUUCACCAUCAGUCAACCCAACUUCACCAUCUGUUAGCAUGACAUCACCACCAAUCAACCUUACAUCACCAGUCAAACCAACCUCACCAUCAGUCAACAUUACUUCACCAUCAGUCAACCCAACUUCACCAUCAGUUAACAUGACAUCAACACCAGCCAAUAUUACAUCACCAGUCAACCCAACCUCAUCACCAGUCAACAUUACAUCCCCAGUUAACCCAACUUCACCACCAGUCAACAUGACAUCACCAGUCAACCCCACCUCAUCACCAGUCAACAUGACAUCACCACCACCACACAACAUCACCUCACUUCCAGAAAACUUCACCUCAUCACCAUUCAAUCCCACCUCAUCACCAGUCAACAUGACAUCAACACUUCCAAACAUUACUUCACCAGCAGUCAACAUGACAUCACCAGUCAACCCCACCUCAUCACCAGUCAACAUGACUUCAUCACCAGCAGUUGACAUUACUUCAGCCCCAGGUAAUAUGACCUCGCCAGUAAACCCCACCUCAAUAGAAGUCAACUUGACAUCACCACUUCCCAAUAUUACUUCACCACCAGUCAAUAUGGCAUCAACAGUCAACAUUACUUCAACACCAGUCAAUCCUACCUCAUCACAAAUCAACAUGACAGCACCAGUCAACAUUACUUCACCAUCAGGCAACUUUACUUUACCACCAUUCAACAUGACAUCACUAGUCAACCCGACCUCAUCAUCAGUAAACUUGACAUCACCACCAGUCAAUAUUACAUCACCAGUUAACCCAACUUCACCAUCUGUCAGCAUGACAUCACCACCAGUCAACCUUACAUCACCAGUCAACCCAAUCUCACCAUCAGGCAACUUUACUUUACCACCAUUCAACAUGACAUCACCAGUCAACCCGACCUCAUCACUAGUCAACAUGACAUCACCACUUCUCAACAUUACUUCACCACCAGUCAACAUGACAUCACCAGUCAACCCCACCUCAUCACCAGUCAACAUGACAUCACCACUUCCCAACAUGACAUCACAACCAGUCAACAUGACAUCACCAGCCAACCCCAUCUCACCAUCAGUCAACAUUACUUCACCAUCAGUCAACCCAACCUCACCAUCAGUCAACAUUACUUCACCAUCAGUCAACCCAACUUCACCAUCAGUAAACAUGACAUCACCACCAGUCAAUAUUACAUCACCAGUCAACCCAACCUCAUCAUCAGUCAACAUUACAUCACCAGUCAACCCAACCUCACCAUCAGUCAACAUUACUUCACCAUCAGUCAACCCAACUUCACCAUCAGUAAACAUGACAUCACCACCAGUCAAUAUUACAUCACCAGUCAACCCAACCUCAUCAUCAGUCAACAUGACUUCACCACCAGUUACAACAAUGCCCUUGCCUGGUAAUGCAAGCACUCCGCCUGUCACUGGAACAUCAGCACCACCAAGCAUCACAACUACUAGCUCUCUAACUACAACUACAACCUCAACACCUACCACAACAGAGCCAAAAAUCAAGUUGGGAUUUAAGUUGAAAGAAACUUUUACUCCUCAACUUGCAAACAAAUCUUCACCAGCGUUCCUUGAACUAAAGAACAAAGUGACCACAGCGCUCGACAUGGUCUAUUCAGAACAAUAUGGAUCCAGCUUCAAUCGUACUGUCAUCAACAGCUUCAGUCAAGGAUCCGUUGAGGUAGAUGCUGAACUGAUAUUCAAUGAAGGGAAUACAUUACCAAAUACCACUUCUGCAGCUGGAACUUUGGUGACUGCCUCUUCCAGCUCCAAUUUUUCUCUCAGUGUCAACACAUCUUCUAUUUCUGCAGCAGUUGUUUUGGCUGCAACUCCAGCCCCAACCACAGUUGCCCCUUCAACACCACUUGUCAACAUCACCUCACCUCCAGUCAACAUGACUUCAUCACCAGUCAACCCAACAUCACCACCAGUCAACCCAACAUCACCACCAGUCAACCGGACAUCAUCACCAGUCAACAUGACAUCAUCACCAGUCAACAUGACAUCCCCACCAGUCAACAUUACAUCACCAUUCAACCCAACCUCACCAUCAGUAAACAUGACAUCACCAGUCAACCCAACCUCACCAUCAGUCAACAUUACUUCACCAUCAGUCAACCCAACUUCACCAUCAGUAAACAUGACAUCGCCAGUCAACCUUACAUCACCAGUCAACCCAACAUCACCAACAGUCAACAUUACUUCACCACCAGUCAACCCAACUUCACCAUCAGUAAACAUGACAUCAACACCAGCCAACAUUACUUCACCAUCAGUCAACAUUACAUCACCAGUCAACCCAACAUCACCACCAGUCAAUAUUACAUCACCAGUCAAACCAACCUCACCAUCAGUCAACCCAACUUCACCAUCAGUCAACCCAACUUCACCAUCUGUUAGCAUGACAUCACCACCAAUCAACCUUACAUCACCAGUCAAACCAACCUCACCAUCAGUCAACAUUACUUCACCAUCAGUCAACCCAACUUCACCACCAGUUAACAUGACAUCAACACCAGCCAAUAUUACAUCACCAGUCAACCCAACCUCAUCACCAGUCAACAUGACAUCACCAGUCAACCCCACCUCAUCACCAGUCAACAUGACAUCACCACCACCACACAACAUCACCUCACUUCCAGCAAACUUCACCUCAUCACCAUUCAAUCCCACCUCAUCACCAGUCAACAUGACAUCAACACUUCCAAACAUUACUUCACCAGCAGUCAACAUGACAUCACCAGUCAACCCCACCUCAUCACCAGUCAACAUGACUUCAUCACCAGCAGUUGACAUUACUUCAGCCCCAGGUAAUAUGACCUCGCCAGUAAACCCCACCUCAAUAGAAGUCAACUUGACAUCACCACUUCCCAAUAUUACUUCACCACCAGUCAAUAUGGCAUCAACAGUCAACAUUACUUCAACACCAGUCAAUCCUACCUCAUCACAAAUCAACAUGACAGCACCAGUCAACAUUACUUCACCAUCAGGCAACUUUACUUUACCACCAUUCAACAUGACAUCACUAGUCAACCCGACCUCAUCAUCAGUAAACUUGACAUCACCACCAGUCAAUAUUACAUCACCAGUUAACCCAACUUCACCAUCAGGCAACUUUACUUUACCACCAUUCAACAUGACAUCACCAGUCAACCCGACCUCAUCACUAGUCAACAUGACAUCACCACUUCUCAACAUUACUUCACCACCAGUCAACAUGACAUCACCAGUCAACCCCACCUCAUCACCAGUCAACAUGACAUCACCACUUCCCAACAUGACAUCACAACCAGUCAACAUGACAUCACCAGCCAACCCCAUCUCACCAUCAGUCAACAUUACUUCACCAUCAGUCAACCCAACCUCACCAUCAGUCAACAUUACUUCACCAUCAGUCAACCCAACUUCACCAUCAGUAAACAUGACAUCACCACCAGUCAAUAUUACAUCACCAGUCAACCCAACCUCAUCAUCAGUCAACAUUACAUCACAAGUCAACCCAACCUCACCAUCAGUCAACAUUACUUCACCAUCAGUCAACCCAACUUCACCAUCAGUAAAGAUGACAUCACCACCAGUCAACCUUACAUCACCAGUCAACCCAACCUCACCAUCAGUAAACAUGACAUCACCAGUCAACCCAACCUCAUCAUCAGUCAACAUGACUUCACCACCAGUUACAUCAAUGCCCUUGCCUGGUAAUGCAAGCACUCCGCCUGUCACUGGAACAUCAGCACCACCAAGCAUCACAACUACUAGCUCUCCAACUACAACUACAACCUCAACACCUACCACAACAGAGCCAAAAAUCAAGUUGGGAUUUAAGUUGAAAGAAACUUUUACUCCUCAACUUGCAAACAAAUCUUCACCAGCGUUCCUUGAACUAAAGAACAAAGUGACCACAGCGCUCGACAUGGUCUAUUCAGAACAAUAUGGAUCCAGCUUCAAUCGUACUGUCAUCAACAGCUUCAGUCAAGGAUCCGUUGAGGUAGAUGCUGAACUGAUAUUCAAUGAAGGGAAUACAUUACCAAAUACCACUUCUGCAGCUGGAACUUUGGUGACUGCCUCUUCCAGCUCCAAUUUUUCUCUCAGUGUCAACACAUCUUCUAUUUCUGCAGCAGUUGUAUUGGCUGCAACUCCAGCCCCAACCACAGUUGCCCCUUCAACACCACUUGUCAACAUCACCUCACCUCCAGUCAACAUGACUUCAUCACCAGUCAACCCAACAUCACCACCAGUCAACCCGACAUCCCCACCAGUCAACAUUACAUCACCAUUCAACCCAACCUCACCAUCAGUAAACAUGACAUCCCCACCAGUCAACAUUACAUCACCAGUCAACCCAACUUCACCAUCAGUAAACAUGACAUCACCAUCAGUCAACAUUACUUCACCAUCAGUCAACCCAACUUCACCAUCUGUUAGCAUGACAUCACCCGCAGUCAACCUUACAUCACCAGUCAAACCAACCUCACCAUCAGUCAACAUUACUUCACCAUCAGUCAACCCAACUUCACCAUCAGUUAACAUGACAUCAACACCAGUCAACCCAACAUCACCACCAGUCAAUAUUACAUCACCAGUCAAACCAACCUCACCAUCAGUCAACAUUACAUCACCAUCAGUCAACCUGACUUCACCAUCAGUAAACAUGACAUCACCAGUCAACCUUACAUCACCAGUCAACCCAACAUCACCAUCAGUCAACAUUACUUCACCAUCAGUCAACCCAACUUCACCAUCAGUUAACAUGACAUCAACACCAGCCAAUAUUACAUCACCAGUCAACCCAACCUCAUCAUCAGUCAACAUGACUUCACCACCAGUUACAACAAUGCCCUUGCCUGGUAAUGCAAGCACUCCGCCUGUCACUGGAACAUCAGCACCACCAAGCAUCACAACUACUAGCUCUCCAACUACAACUACAACCUCAACACCUACCACAACAGAGCCAAAAAUCAAGUUGGGAUUUAAGUUGAAAGAAACUUUUACUCCUCAACUUGCAAACAAAUCUUCACCAGCGUUCCUUGAACUAAAGAACAAAGUGACCACAGCGCUCGACAUGGUCUAUUCAGAACAAUAUGGAUCCAGCUUCAAUCGUACUGUCAUCAACAGCUUCAGUCAAGGAUCCGUUGUGGUUGAUGCUGAAGUGAUAUUCAAUGACGUGACAACAUUGCCAAAUGCCACGUCUGUGGCUUCAGCUUUGGCAACUGCUUCUUCCAGCUCUAAUUUUUCUCUCACCGUCAACGUAUCCUCUAUUUCUGCAACAGCUGUUUUGGCACCAACUAAAACCCCAACCACAGUUGCCCCUUCAACACCACUGGUCAACUUCACCUCACCUCCACUCACAACAGCCGCUUCCACUGCUGCACCAGUUCCUUUAACCACAACCGCAUCAAUAAUUUCUACCACAUCCAAUGAGGGAACCCUUGGACUAAAGUUUAGUCUCAACCAAACAUUUACAGCAGAUCUCUCAAACUCAUCCUCAACAGCAUACCAGACCUUGGCUGCAGAAGUGGUCAAAGAGCUCAACAAAGUGUGUACAACUCUGUUUGGAUCAUCUUUCGUUCGCUCCGUUGUUGACUCAUUCACGAGUGGCUCGGUGGUUGCAGACACAACCAUUGCAUUUAAAGAUACAAGCUCAGUUCCUUCAUCAAGCACAGCUACUUCACAGCUCAGCAGUGCAUUAACAAGCAACUCUACCUCCCUGAGCGUUAUAUCAGGCAGUGUUUCUAUAACUUCUUCUACUGCUUCCACCGCCACACCUACUGCUACAGCUGCCCCUACUGCAGCUCCUACUGCAGCUCCAACUGCAGCUCCAACUGCAGCUCCUACUGCAGCUCCAACUGCAGCUCCUACUGCAGCUCCAACUGCAGCUCCUACUGAAGCUCCUACUGCAGCUCCUACUGCAGCUCCAACUGCAGCUCCAACUGCAGCUCCUACUGCAGCUCCAACUGCAGCUCCUACUGCAGCUCCAACUGCAGCUCCAACUGCAGCACCAACUGCAGCUCCUACUGCAGCUCCUACUGCAGCUCCUACUGCAGCUCCAACUGCAGCUCCAACUGCAGCACCCACUGCAGCACCCACUGCAGCUCCAACUGCAGCUCCUACUGAAGCUCCAACUGCAGCACCAACUGCAGCUCCUACUAAAGCUCCCACUGCAGCUCCUACUACUGCCACAACAACAGCUUCUACUGAUCCUCCUACAUCCAGUGAGGGAACUCUUGGCCUUCAGUUCAGUCUCAACCAAACAUUUACAUCAGACCUCUCAGACUCAUCAUCAACUGCGUACAAGACUUUGGCUGCAACAGUGAUCAGUGAGGUAAACAAAGCGGCUCAAAAACUCUAUCGAUCAUCUUUCCUUCGCAGCAUUAUUAACAAAUUCACGCAAGGAUCAGUGAAAGUUGACAUGACCCUUGUGUUCACAAAUAAAACCUCAACUCCUACAGCAAGCGAUGCAACUUCAAAAUUCAGCACUGCGCUUAGCUCUUCAUCCCUGAAUGUUGUACAAGGCAGCGUUUCUGCACAAUCAACAUCCACGUCAAGCAGUCCCCCUCGGCCCACAAUGGGCUCACUGGUCGUGUUUUCACUAACCCUGCUGGCUGUGGCCCUGACGAUGACAAACUAAUACCAAACAUCAAAGGCAGAUACACUUGGCUAAGAGCUUUUUCUAUGCUAUCAAGUGGGAUCAAAGCAAUGUACCACCAAACUGAGAGCAAGACAUAACAUGCGUGCAAAAUGAAAUUUACCAAUACAAUGUUAAAUGGUAAAAGGAUGUGUGUGCAAACGAUUUAUUUUGUUCAGUAUUUUAUACAUGUGAUGUUACAAUCAAUUGUGAUCGAUUCAAUUUAUUUUUUCUUUUCUUUAAAAAUAACUUGUCAUUGAGAUAAGUAAUCAAACAUACCAUAUUUUAUACUAAUUUGGCUUUUUAUAACAGCUUCCAUUCAAUGUAUUUGUUUUGUAAAUGCUUAUUUUUAUGCUAUUAGUCACAUGUAAUUUGUUCCCAAAUGUUAAACUGUAUAGAAGAUAAUGUAAUACAUAUUUAUCUAUAAUAAAAAGCAUAUAAAGAUCAAGCAGGACACAAAUUACAUUAAAUGCCAUUGUUAAGUGUGAGUGAUGGAAGAAGUGUGCAGGUGAUGUAGCGUGGUGCCAAAAGCUUGUGUUUUUGUAAAAUUAUCUUGAUGCGGAAAAAUAAUGAUUCAUAUGACUUCUGAGGCAAACUACCAGUGUAGGACAUGUUAGACCAUGCUAGUCUUUCCCUUACCCAAACCAUGUCGUUUGUGAAAACAUUUUAGUUUCCACAGAAUGUCAUUGCAAUACAAAUAAUUGUCAUUGAA